CUCCUCCUCUUCUUCUUGUUGCUCCUCUAUCAUGGCGGGCACCGCUCUGUCCCGGACCUCCAGCCCGCCCACCGACGCACUCUUCCACUGCGACCCGCCCUACAACGCUCCGCGCCCGGCCGGCUCCCCGCGGCUCCUCGCUGCCGCUGCGCGCCUGUCCGGAGCCUUUCUGAGCGGCGGCGGCGGCAGAGUCCCGGCCAAUGUGAACGGGACGAGCGGCAGCGGCGCCGCUCCUGCUCCCGCAGCUCCCCUCGCAGCUCCCCCCGCAGCUCCUCCCGCAGCUCCUCCCGCAGCUCCUGCUCCGCACAUAGAGUGUCAGAUGGUGGAGGUGCACGGGGUGCAGGUGGCGUCGUUCCCGGUGGACGGGGUGGACCUGGUGUGCCUGCCGCAGGUGUUCGAGCUGUUCCUGAAGCACCUGGUUGGCGGUCUGCACACCGUCUACACGAAGCUCAAGCGGCUGCGCAUCGCGCCGGUGGUGUGCACCGUGGAGCAGGUGCGCGUGCUGCGCGGGCUCGGAGCCAUCCAGCCCGGAGUGAACCGCUGCAAGCUCAUCAGCAGGGCCGACUUCGAGACGCUGUACCGGGACUGCACCAAUGCCAGCUCUCGGCCGGGUCGACCCCCGAAGAGGACGCUGGGCGUGGCCACCAUGACGGAUGGCUCCAGGCUCCUCCCACAUGGGUUGUUAAGCCCCGCCCUCCUGUCACAGACAGGUCUGACGGCGGCGAUGGCGGAGGCGCUGAAGCUGCAGAAGAUGAGGAUGAUGAUGGGUUUCCAUGGCAACAAGGAUCAGAAGAAACAGCAGAACGGCACCGACUCCGAGAACAGUGACACGGGAAGCAGUGAAGCAUCCUGGGAGAAGGAGCAGCACCUCUUGUUGCCUCCCUCGGCGGCUGUAGCUCCGCCCCCUGGCUCGGCGCCGCUCUGUCUCAACGUGCUGCAGCAACACAGCGCGCUAUUGGCCAACCGUCUGUCUGACUUCCCUUUUAUGGUCAUGCCACACCCCCUCCUCCCGGUGGGCCUGCCCCCCACCAGUGUUGCCAUGGCGAUGAACCAGAUGAGUCAGCUGGGCGGUUUGGCAAACAUGGCCGCCGUGUCACAUGAUGAGAUAGAAGAGAGCAAGGACUCUCCUCCGGGAAGCCCCUCCCCUUGUCCCUCCCACAGUGAUGACGAGCUCCGCCCCCAUGAACCAACCAGCCAAUCCCCUUCCAGAGCGUCCUCGUCGCCUCCUGCAGUGCACACGCCAGAGCUCGACGGUGAGAUUGAAGAGCGAGAAAACAACUUUAAAAAGGUGUUGAAUGAAAAAGAUGACGGCCUGUUGGCCCUCCCCCUCUCCAAACCGACCUAUGAGAAGCUGCCGCUCACCUCUCAGCCGCUGUCAAUCAACCAAGCAAACCCCGCCUUCGCUCCAUUCGUAUUGGCAGAGGGUCUGUCGUCCAUGGAGACGCUGCUGACAAACAUACAGGGUCUCCUGAAGGUGGCGGUGGAGAGCGCUCGUUCUCAGGACAAACACAACCAGCUGGAGAGGAAAGAGUUAAAACUGGAGCUGGAGAGAGAGAGGGACUCAAGACAGAUGCUGCAGAGGCAGCUGAGUUCAGAACUACAGACCAGAGUGUCGAUCCAGAGGAGGCUGAAGAAGGAGAAGAAGGCGAAGAGGAAGCUGCAGGAGGCGCUGGACUUUGAGUCGAGGAGGAGGGAGCAGGUGGAGCGAGCGCUCAAACACUCAGACAAAGUCGAUCUGAUCUUUUAUCCUGGUUACAGGAUGUGA